GAACAUGCAGCCUACUUGGUGGACAGUUUGUGGGAGAGCUCUCAAGAAUUGUUGAAAGACUGGGAAUGUAUGACAGAGUUGCUGUUAGAAGAACCUGUUCAAGGAGAGGAAGCAAUGUCUGACCGUCAAGAGAGUGCUCUUAUAGAGCUAAUGGUUUGUACAAUUCGUCAAGCUGCUGAGGCACAUCCUCCAGUGGGAAGGGGUACCGGCAAGAGAGUGCUAACUGCCAAAGAAAGGAAAACUCAAAUUGAUGAUAGGAACAAAUUGACUGAGCAUUUUAUUAUCACACUUCCUAUGUUACUAUCAAAGUAUUCUGCAGAUGCAGAGAAGGUAGCAAACUUGCUACAGAUUCCACAGUAUUUUGAUCUGGAAAUCUACAGCACAGGUAGAAUGGAGAAGCAUCUGGAUGCAUUAUUAAAACAGAUUAAGUUUGUGGUGGAGAAACAUGUAGAAUCAGAUGUUCUAGAAGCCUGCAGUAAAACCUAUAGCAUCUUAUGCAGUGAAGAGUAUACCAUCCAGAACAGAGUCGACAUAGCUCGGAGCCAGCUGAUAGAUGAGUUUGUAGAUCGAUUCAAUCAUUCUGUGGAAGACCUAUUGCAAGAGGGUGAAGAAGCUGAUGACGAUGAUAUUUACAAUGUUCUUUCUACCUUAAAACGGUUAACUUCUUUCCACAAUGCUCACGAUCUCACAAAAUGGGAUCUGUUUGGCAAUUGCUAUAGAUUAUUGAAGACUGGAAUUGAACAUGGAGCUAUGCCAGAACAGAUAGUCGUACAGGCACUGCAGUGUUCCCAUUACUCGAUUCUUUGGCAAUUGGUGAAAAUUACUGAUGGUUCUCCUUCCAAAGAGGAUUUGUUGGUGUUGAGGAAAACAGUGAAAUCCUUUUUGGCUGUUUGCCAACAGUGCCUAUCUAAUGUUAAUACUCCAGUUAAAGAACAGGCUUUCAUGUUACUCUGUGAUCUUUUGAUGAUCUUUAGCCACCAAUUAAUGACAGGUGGCAGAGAGGGCCUUCAGCCUUUGGUGUUUAAUCCAGAUACUGGACUUCAGUCUGAACUUCUCAGUUUUGUGAUGGAUCAUGUUUUCAUUGACCAGGAUGAGGAAAACCAGAGCAUGGAGGGUGAUGAGGAAGAUGAAGCUAAUAAAAUUGAAGCCUUACAUAAAAGAAGGAAUCUACUUGCUGCCUUCAGCAAACUUAUCAUUUAUGAUAUUGUUGACAUGCAUGCGGCUGCAGACAUCUUUAAACACUACAUGAAGUACUAUAAUGACUAUGGUGAUAUUAUUAAGGAAACACUGAGUAAAACCAGGCAGAUUGACAAAAUUCAGUGUGCCAAGACCCUUAUUCUCAGUUUGCAGCAGUUGUUUAAUGAACUUGUGCAAGAGCAAGGUCCCAACCUAGAUAGGACAUCGGCCCAUGUCAGUGGUAUUAAAGAAUUAGCACGUCGCUUUGCCCUUACAUUUGGACUGGACCAGAUCAAGACACGAGAAGCAGUUGCCACACUUCACAAGGAUGGCAUAGAGUUUGCCUUUAAAUACCAAAAUCAAAAAGGACAAGAAUAUCCACCUCCUAAUCUGGCUUUUCUUGAAGUACUAAGUGAAUUUUCUUCUAAACUUCUUCGACAGGACAAAAAGACAGUUCAUUCAUAUCUUGAGAAAUUCCUUACUGAGCAGAUGAUGGAACGGAGGGAAGAUGUAUGGCUUCCACUCAUCUCCUAUAGAAAUUCAUUAGUAACUGGGGGUGAAGAUGAUAGAAUGUCUGUUAACAGUGGAAGUAGCAGCAGCAAAACUUCAUCAGUAAGGAAUAAGAAAGGACGGCCCCCACUUCACAAAAAACGAGUAGAAGAUGAAAGUUUGGAUAACACGUGGUUAAACAGGACUGACACCAUGAUUCAGACCCCGGGCCCCUUGUCAGCCCCACAGCUCACUUCUACUGUGUUGCGAGAGAACAGCAGGCCCAUGGGAGAGCAGAUCCAGGAACCCGAGUCUGAGCACGGGUCUGAACCAGACUUUUUACACAAUCGGGGUCUAAUGGAGGAAGAUGCUGAACCCAUCUUUGAAGAUGUGAUGAUGUCGUCCCGGAGCCAGUUAGAAGAUAUGAAUGAAGAAUUUGAAGACACCAUGGUUAUUGAUCUGCCCCCGUCAAGAAAUCGGCGAGAGAGAGCAGAGCUGAGGCCAGACUUUUUUGACUCUGCAGCUAUCAUAGAAGACGAUUCAGGAUUUGGAAUGCCUAUGUUCUGAAGUCUGAAGAAAAAUUUACAAAUCUGGAACUCUAUUAUUUAGAGCUAGAGGCCUAUAUACUGUGAUAGCUUGUAUGGGAAAAAAACACUUUUGAUGUGAUCUGAUUUGUUUUUUAAUCAAAUGAUUAAAGGUCAUUCCCUUUUUGCAGUGACGAAGAAGAGCAUGUAAAUUACCCAAGGAGAUGGUGGUGAAUGUCACCUCAGAAAGACUGACCCGGAAAAUCAUUUCUGUCUUAAUGUUGAACUUAUCAGUACAGAUGUGUGUGUUUUUCUGGAGGAAGGAAAAAAAUUUUAAAUUUUUAAAACAGCUGUCAAGAUAAACACUGUUAUACACCUGUUUUAUGAAAACUCAGCAUUGAGUAAAAAAAUAUUUUUAACUUUAUUUUCCUGUUGUACAAUUUAAAAACCGUUUUAACAUUUUGCCUUUUUAUGUUUUAAAAGCUAACCAUUUUUAUUAAAUCUAUGAGUAAGCAGCUCAUCCUAAUUGCCGAAGAGUGUUUUUGGAGCUCACUGGAUUUGGUUGACCUUGUAAGAACACAGACACAUUGAAGGAAAGAACAUAACAAGCGAAGAUGAAAUUGUGACAUCGUGCAUCUCUGCCAAAAACCACACACCCUCUGUGGAUAUGAUAUGAUAUGAAUUCCCAGAUUUUAUAUACUCUUGAAUAAAAAGGUUUAUUUUUAUUUAUAAGUGGGCAUAAAAUAAGAAAUGUCCAUGCAGCCAUUUUUCCAACAGAUGCUGUACACCGUUCAUUUUAUAUAGAAUAGGGAGAUCCAAAUACAGUGCAUUUUCUAUUGGUAUUUGUUCUGUGCAUUUUUAGCAACUUCUACCAGCAAAUAAAGUAUUCUCAGUAAAACAAAAAUGUUCUCAAGUUAUCAGUUUGCUGUUUUUACCACUUACUUCAUGCCCUACCAAAUUCAAGUUACACAGACUUCCAUAUUCCUAUGAAAAUAAUCAUGAACAAGUCCUUUGCCACUCAAGUAAUUUUCAGUGUAACAUAACUGUGUCUACUUCCCAUGCCCUUAAUACCCUUAAUGCAUUAAUUAAUUUUGUGAAUUAAGUUUACCAAUCAUAGAAGGUUAUGUGCUGCAUAGAAGUCUGUGCUUAGAGGGUGAGGUUCCUACGCUUACCUUGAAAUGCAGCUACAUUUCAGGGUUAAAUGUUCAUAUUUACGAAUCUUCAGGACAGUCGUCAGUGGUUAGAAUUACAGUCUGCUUAGUUUUUAUGACUUGCUGCUAUUGUUUCUAAAAGCCCCCUUAGUUCCUUCCUUUCUGGCUUUUAAUGUAAGCCUCAGAGUUUCCAAACCAAUCUGUCCACAGCUGUUUCUGCGCUGGUUUUUAAAAUAGCUGCAGCAGAAUCAUGAGGCUUUCCUUUUUUACCAAAAAUGAAAGCAUUUUUUAAAAUUCUGUGCACCCAAUGAGUAUCUUUUGUGAGGGAAAGCAAAAUGGAUUUUAUUCACCCUUUUAGUAAAUAGACAUAAAACAAAUUUUUCCUCAACAUUUGUACAGUUCAAAAAAAGGCUCAGAAAUGCUAAUUUCAUCAAAAAUGCUAAUUCAGCAAUUCCUGGGCUCCAGUUGAGGGAGCUGGGGCCUCACCUUCUCCUAGAAAUGUAGGCUUCACUGGGAGUCAUGGGGCAGGCAUGCCUAGAUCGUCCGCCCAGCCUUUCUGCAUUUCUUGCCAGGGCACAAGCCCUGAGGGGCCCUGGCACAUGCACAGAUUGACCCUUUGCUUGACAGUCUCCUGUGGAAAACACAUGCUGACUUAGAAUUCCAGAACACCACGCAACAACAAAUGCUUAAAAUCAACUCCAAUGGGUUCCCAGUCGGUUUGAAGUCAAUCAGAUUUUUGUAUUUUCAGUGUCUCCUUGAUUGGUUUUGCUAGUAAUUCUGUAAAUUGUACAUUUGCAAUAUGAGGUUUUUUUUCCUUUUGUACAAUUUGAACUUGAUGCUUCACCUUUCCUUUAAUAAACUAUUCAAAAUCAGGCUUGUGGUGGUCAUAUUGUGCUACUGCUGCUCUUCAGUUUGCACUUUCAGAUGAUUUGUUUAAUGAUAGCAAGAUCAUGUUAGGUAUGUCAAGAAAAAAAUUAGGAUUAGCUCACAGUUUUUCUUCGAUUCUGUUGAUUUCCAUGGUUUAAGAGGGAGCCUGUGGUCUCGGCUCUUCCCCUAGCUGCACUCAUGAAUGAGGUCCUUUGAAGACCUCCAGUAUUCCACAUGGCUGUAGAAAUGAGGGCUUUUCUUAACCUCUGGUGCCAGCACUCACUCUGCAGAAGUCACAACCUACACACUUUAUGGACUGACUUCAUUAAACAGCCCAGCUUGCCAGUGCAGGAGGCAGGGACGUAGGAGAUUAAC